CACAGUCUCCCGAAGUGGAUUAAUGGAGCAUGUUGAAAAGCACAACAGCCGGAGAGUCGGCAGGAAGGUCACCUCCAAACCGAGCUGCCUUCUGUGCGAGUUCAUCGCGUCUGACCGGCUGGAGCUGGAGUUCCACAUGUUCACUCACAUGGAGAAGCUGGGGGACCUGCUGCUGUGCAGGGAUGGCGAUGGUCUCAUGGAUGUUACGGAUGAACAGGUGGUGGUCCAAGCAGGUGGAAGACUGGCCAUGGGUGGAGAGUCUGGUAACGGUACAGCUCCGAACCUUUACCCGGAGGAAAAACCGCUGUGGUGUGGUGAAGAACCGGUGGCAGUCCAAGCAAGAGGGAGACCUGCUACGUCUGGGGAGUCCAAGACAGGCAAAAAAACGGCUCAGGAGAAACCAUUGUGGUGCGGGGAGUGUGGGUUCACGGCACGGUCCAGGAGGGAACUUCAGGGCCACUUGAAAACUCACUACAAGAGACCAACAAGCGGGGGUCUUAAGCCUCAUGCGGGUGGAGAGGCAAAGAAAGGAGGAAGAAGGUCUCGGAACGCUCGCCCCUUGGAAAAAAAGUUUCUUUGUAAGGAGUGCGGGUAUGUGGCAAAGUACGAAAACGAACUCCGCAACCACUUGAAGACGCAUUAUGAAAAAGCGCUCUUGUGCGAAGAAUGUGGCUUCAAGACAUGGGUCGAAGUCGAAAUGAGGGCCCACACGGGCGAGCGUCCGCUCGAGUGUGCAAAGUGCUGUUUCCGCAUCUCUUGUAAGGUGGCGAUGCGCGAACACAGGAAGACUCACGAGACUACACUGGUGUGCUGGCAGUGCGGGUACAAAGCGAAGUAUGAUAACGAACUCCGUAACCACUUGAGGACUCAUAACGAGAAAGCGCUCGUGUGUGAAGAGUGCGGCUUCAAGACGUGGGUUGAAACUGAGAUGAGGGCCCACACAGGCGAUCGCCCACUCAAGUGCGACAAGUGCAGUUACACUGUCUCCUGCAAGGUGGUGAUGAGCAAGCAUAGGAGGACUCACGUGGAAAAGAAGACUCCUCUGGUGUGUAAAAAGUGCGGCUACCAAACCAUAAGAAAACACAACUUUCUCGCACAUCUACGACUUCACACAGGCGAGAAGCCAUUCUCCUGCGGACAGUGCGACUACAAAACGGCGUUCAAGACUUCGCUGACGCUACACUUCAAGACCAACAAGAGCAAAGAGCCCCUGUCGUGUGAGGACUGCAGUUUUAGCACAACCUGCAAGAGGGCGAUGCGGACGCACCUUAAGGACCACACCUACGCGUGCAAGACGUGCGACGCCGUGUUGAACUCAAAGGAAGAACUCCAAAAGCAUGUGAGGAACCAUCAGAAGGAAGAAUCUGAAAAAGCGCUGCGAUGCAAAGUCUGCGACUACAAGGCAUUCAGCAGGCCCUGCCUUGAGAUCCACAUGCGUAAGCACACCGGCGAGAAACCCUUCGCGUGCCAGGAGUGCAGCUACCGGGCCAAGGCAAAGUCCACUCUGAAGAUCCACAUCGCGAACAAGCACAAGAAGACCUUCCGGUGCCUCGAAUGCGGUUUUGGUACGGACGAGGAGGACUCCAUGGACGAACACGUCAAGGUACACGUGAAGCAUUUCACCUGCGGGGACUGUGAGUUUGUGGCAACCGCUCAGGAGGACAUUGAUGCUCACAUGAGCACUCACGCAAGCGGCACUGAGGCCAUCAUGUGCGGGAAGUGCCGCCGGUACUGGACAACCAUCCCCAGCAAAAUUGGGGUGCACAUGCAGACUUGUUGUGCAGACAAACUCUGAUGAUGCCGCGCCAUUAGGUGUGGGUACAGGUGCGGUACUGGUAUGGUGUACGGUACGAAACCAUUUUUUUUUCUUGUUGGACUGGUCCAGAAAAAAAAUGGACCUAAAAAAUCAGUGGAAAAUGAACAGAUUAUGUUGGCAGAUGUUCAUGCGUUUUGGGUCCAACAAAAAAGAACAAAAGCAACGUCCACGACCAUGAUAGAAAAUGGUACAAAAACGGCUAAAGACUCGUUUAAAAAAACAGCCUCAGCCAAACCUCUGCUUGGAGAGUAUAUGGUACGUGACCCGGCAGUCUGAUGAAUGACCUACCAACUUUGACCUCACCACACAUGAUUUAGGACACCUGCUGGCUUUUUUGUCAUUCUCUGUUGAUGUGAAGCAUAAGGCUUUUUCAAGCAGCCAGUACAAUGUGGGUUCGCUGCACCUAUGUUCAGUUUUAGCCAAGUAUGCCUUCAUACAUUAGCCUCCUUCGCAGAUAUUGAGCAUUGCUGGCUUUUAUUUUCUAGAGGGAGGGGGGGGGUGAAACUCCUUCCACGGCAAACUACCUCUCUUGGCAAACUCCCUUGACAAACUCCC